UAAACUUUGGGUGGUGAGUCCAGUCCACCUCCACGGGUCGAUCCCGCGAGAAUUUUAUUAGAAAUCCGUCUAUUUGCAUUGGUUUGUCACAUUUCAGUGAAGGCUUGCAGGCAGCUGAAUAUGGGUUAUCGGGGAGAGCAGCUUUUAGCAGGUGGUUUGAUACCUCCCUUCCUUAAUAAGGUAGCUGACGUCAGAGCGACGGGGCGGUGUGUGUAUGUGUGUGUGUGCGCGCGCGUGUGUGUGUUUUAGAGCGAGAGAGAGAGAGAGAGAGAGGGAGAGAGAGUAUGGGGAGGAGAUGGGUGUCCGCAGUGCGCAUGUGUAGACGGUGAUCUGUGCUGCGGUGGAAGAGGGCUGGAGACACACAACUAGAGAGAUGGCGCGGCACCCGACCGGAGCGCAAGGACAGCUGGUUGGCGGUGGGGGGGCUUGAAUUAUAAAGAGAAUCGGGAACAUUUUAAAAAACAAACAAACAAAAAAAAAAUAUCAAGAAAAAAAGGGAUUCGGGAAAGGAGUUUCCAUUCUGCAAAACAGCAUCAGAGAUAGAAUAAUCAAAUAGGUGAAUAUAAGGACAGAGAGGAGGCAAUAGCAAAGGAGGCUGCUGCAAGAAGAAAGAAAAAAAAAGCAACAAAAGAGAAUUGAACUUUACUGGACGUGAGGACUUCUGGACAUCAGCUAACUGCGGUAGGUCAGAUAGAUGGUUUGUCCACAGCGCUGCCCGGAUCAUGAACGCACAGCUGUCGAUGGAGAAUAUUGGCGACCUGCACGGAGUGAGCCAUGAGUCCGUGGCCGGUCACGGAGAGCUGCUGAGUGGUCACAGUCCGCAUUCCCGUCCGAGCCCCCGGGGUCUGAGCCACCGCGCUAUGGGCAUGGCGACCCUGCUGGACAGCGGAGACUAUCACCCCAGCCACCCCGGACACCUGCAUCCAGCCAUCAGCAUGUGCGAAGCCCCCCCUGGCAUGAGUGCGAGCAGCACUUACACCACCCUAACCCCACUGCAGCCCUUACCCCCCAUCUCCACCGUGUCCGACAAGUUUCCCCCACAUCAUCACCACCACCACCAUCCCCACCAUCCUCACCCUCAUCCCCACCAGAGGAUCCCCGGAAACGUCAGCGGCAGCUUCACGUUGAUGCGAGAAGACCGGAGCCUGGCACCUAUGAACAGUCUGUAUCCCGCAUAUCAUCACAAGGAUCCCUGCAUGGGUCAGAGCCUGUCCCCGUUGUCUGGUUCCGGUCUGGCCAGCAUACACACGUCCCAGGCCGGUAUCCCUCCCUACGCUCAUCCCGGCGCCGCCAUGCCCGGUGAGAAGAUGCUCACCCCCAGCGGGUUCGAGGCUCACCACCCGGCCAUGCUCGGCAGACACACGGAGCAGCACAUGAGCUCCUCGGCGGGCAUGGUACAAAUCAAUGGCCUCCACCACCACCCGCACGCCCACCUUGGCGCGCAGGGGCACGGCCAGGGGCUGGGGAACAGCCGGGAGCAGGCCUCCGGGCCCGGGCAGCAAGGGGGCGGCGGUGGAGGGGGUGGUGUUUCUGGGGGACAGAUGGAGGAGGUGAAUACCAAAGAGGUGGCGCAGAGGAUCACCACGGAGCUCAAGCGCUACAGCAUCCCUCAGGCCAUCUUUGCCCAGCGGGUCCUGUGCAGGUCCCAGGGGACCCUGUCCGACCUGCUGAGAAACCCCAAACCCUGGUCCAAGCUCAAGUCCGGCAGAGAGACCUUCCGCCGCAUGUGGAAAUGGCUGCAGGAGCCUGAGUUCCAACGCAUGAGUGCGCUCAGGCUCGCAGGUGAGCGAAGCCUCGCGUGUAAGCGUAAGGAACAGGACCACGGCAGGAGCGAGCGAGGGAACAUGACCAAGAAGCCCCGGCUGGUGUUCACGGAUGUGCAGCGGCGGACGCUCCACGCCAUCUUCAAGGAGAACAAGCGUCCAUCCAAAGAGCUGCAGCUCACCAUCGCCCAGCAGCUGGGCCUGGAGCUGGCCACAGUGAGCAACUUCUUUAUGAACGCACGCCGCCGGAGCUUAGAUAAGUGGGUGGACGACGGCUCCGGUCACUCAGCCAACUCUGGCCCUAACGCCUGCACCAAAGCCUGAAGACGGACUGAUUUGACCAACUCAUGGACUGACUCAACCUCGGUGGAAAAGCUUUAAAACUUAAGAGAAACAAAGAGAAACUUAAAAAGACCUUGAAGCAACGUUUUGCCCUUAAACCUGUACUAUAUUGAUAUUUAUAGUAUCCAAAGAUGAAAAAACAAACCAAAGACUUCUUGUUUGACCUGCUUUGAAAUGUUUGUUUCAGCAACACAUUUAUGUGUAACAUACUGCAAAAAGACUAUAAUUUACCCCCCCCACACACACACUCACUGUCACUGGUCUCUAGCUUUAACUACAUCCCUCCUCACCUCCCCACCCAGUAUCAAUCUGUCAUUCACCAUCCGUAUCUUUAAUCUGAUUGGUUGGUUUUAAUGAUGGGUCCCCCUAAAUGGAGGUUUAAUCAGCCUAUUGGCAGUCUGAUCUGCAGCUGUCCACUCCCUUGAAACAAAAAAAAAAACAAAAAAAACAAAACAAAAAAAAAACAGCCAGAAUGUGGAGCUCCGGUGGGAUUGGCCAAUCAUCUUUAAAGAAAAAAAAAUCCUACAGGAGCAACUGGAUCGUUGUGUGACCUUGUUUGGAUCAGUGGCGGUUUGGACUGUCUGUCCAGCUGUCUGUCUUUCUAUCAAGCAUUCCAAGACAGACAGGGGAUUGCCCACACGUAGACUGCUAACCCAAAACCCUAAACCAAACCAAGACCCCUCCCCUUAACCUCAACCCACAUGGUAGUGCUUUCUUCCAACAUGCUGAAGCGUUGAAUAAUUUAAAAAUGAGAAACCAAAGCCUUCUACACCCUGAAGCCUCUCUUGCAGCUCAGAAAUAAAACCACUUAACAUGCUAUGAAGUGAUUUGACCAAAGAGUAUAUUUUGUAGUUGAUAAUCUUGAGAGUGUUUUUACCUCAUCUCCUCCCUUACCUCCUAAAACAGACUGUUAGUUAGGUGCCACAAGGAAGAAGAAGAAUGUUACUGCUCAUGGUCCAUCCAUACUAAAGUCUCUGUUCCCUGCAAAUGGAAAUAAUAUUUUACAUAACCCUGAAAAUUACUAUCUAUUGACGUUUGCCUUAUAGAUGCCUUCUUGAAUCAGCUUUAUCUUCACAAUCAGUCUGGUGAAUGUUGCUGUAAAUUCUGUUUGUGAAGAUUAAUCAUUACGGACACAACCUUCCCUGUAAGUCUGUUCCUACAGGUGUAACUGUAGUUUAUAUGUUCAGAUGCCAGCAGCUGGCAGACAAGAGACAAAUCCAUUCUGUAGUAGGUUUUUUCCACAGAGGUGAAAACAGAAAAUGCUGGCUCUACAUGUGGUCUUGUUUCUGUGAGGUAGACAGAUAGCCUCUGAGGAGUUUUUUUUUUUUUUUUUUGAGGACAAACUGUGUCAUCACUCUGAUAAUAAGCAUUCAUCGGCGCUCCGUCAACCCCCUCGCCACCCCCCAUACGUAUUUGAUUUUAUCUCCUCAUCAAAGAUGUUGGGUGGAGGGGAUGAUAUCAAUGAUCAAAUCACUUUCAGGCGCUUACACAGCAAUGUCAGCUCAUCACCUGAAUACGAAAGCACCCCCCCCCACCCCAUCCCUGCCUGUUGCCAAUCCCCCAGACACCACCGCCAGCCCCACCCCACCCCCCUCUCCCCCUUACCUUGCCUCUGCUCUCCUGGUAAGCUAUGCAUUUCAGCACUAGGAGGAAAGCACUACACACAGGGCUGGCCCAGGGGCAGCGUAACAUUAGAUAUAUUAAGCUGGCCCCUCGCCAUCAUCCUCCUCAUGGCCAGGGUUAGCAGCUCUACAUUCAUCAGAACAAGCGCCGAAGUAGAGGCGAGGAAGAGAGAGAGGGAGAGAGAGCUGCUUCUUCAUCUCCGACAGAAAAACCAAAAAGACGACAAGAAACAAAACAAAACAAAACAAAAAAAACGUGUCAAGACCUGCUGAUGUUUUAUAGUGUGAACCAAAGAUGCUACCUCACUCAAGUUCCAUACGUGAUUUCUAUCACUUUGAUGAUACCAAAGAUAACCAAAGAUUUUUUCUCAUUGCACGGCCUCUAUGAGUGGUGUUAAAAGAUGUUGUAUGUCUCCCCCUCCUCCCCCCAUCUUCCUUUCUCUUCCCCUCUCUUCCUUUCUUCUCCGAUUUCUCCCCCCAUCUCCCACCUGCACUCCACCCAUGCAUCCCUGCUAAGCGUGCUCUUGCUUCAUCUGUGCUCUGAUUACAACUUCAUAGAUAGUCAUGCUGAUGUAGCUAUAGGCAGAUAUGCUGAUCUAGCCAUAGAUACACACAAGUGGCCGUGCAGGUGCCUGCGGGGUACAGCAUUUCUACCACUUUGUUGGCAGAAAAGACGUAAAAGCUAGCACUGUGGCAAACCAAUAAAUAUGUCAAAUGAAAGCUUUAGUUUGGUUCAUGAAUAAUUUCAAAACACUUUACGGAGUGCCCCGCCAGAGUGCCAUUCUUUGGAGCUUUAUUUCUGCUCGGCCCAUGCCUCUGAGUGUGUAUCUAUAGGUUGAUAAUAUCGAUCCAACAAAUAGGUCAGACAUCUUCACAUAAUAGGCAGACAAGCUGACAUAGCCAUGGGCAGAAUUGUUGACUCAACUAUAGGCAGACAUGUUCCUGAAAGUAGAAGCAGACAUGUUGCAAUCUUUCUAAAAACUCCCAGGACGAGUGCCUUGCUUGAACCAAAGUGUUAAACCGCUGUUGACCUCUCACCUUUGACUCUGUGAAUACCUCAGCCUGUAGAAGGGCCACUACUGAAGAAACAAGGAAAAGGUUUUUCUUUUUUUCUUUCUUUCUUUUCUUUUUUUUUU